AUGAGUCGUUUGAAUCUAGACACCUCAGUCGGGGGUAAUCAAAACCGCUAUUCGUUCAUGGAAACGCCGCUCGAGAUGAGCCCACCCUCCCACCUACCAGGCCGACCCUCACCUCCAGACUCGCGAGCACCGGAGGAACCGACACAGCAAAAGAACACAUGGUCGCCGACAUUAAAUGAGAAGACGCAGCAAUUCCAACAUCAGGGGAUACUGCCAGACUAUGGAAACUGCCCACCUGCCGAACAGCAUCCGGCGAACUAUGCACCCUUGGCAAAUGUGCCUGCACACCAUGAGAAUACUCCAGUGUCUUCCUACGGGACCGCAGCGGUGCCCCCGCAUGAGGCUCCAAUUAUUACUCAAUAUGCGACCGCACAUGGAAAUCAAGAUUACACCAGACACAUUGCUUCGCAGUCAUAUACCAGCCACUCCUAUCAGAGCCUACCUUACCACACGGUCUCUCCGUCAUACCCUAGCCAGUCACAUACAAACAUACCAGGGCAGCAAGAAACAACACCAUAUCAAGUAUAUCCCGACAUCUCUGAGCACCAGCGCAACACUCCAGUAUCCGCGCAGCCAUAUGCAUACUCGCACGCGCAGCCUUACACAACCAUACUCGAACAAGAACCGCGCAAUACCCAACUAUCGCCCCAGUCAUACACAUACACCGAACCACCUGUGUCGCCGCCCAAUUCCCCAGGGCCCCUUCCACUAAAAGUGCGUCCAGAUGUACCCCGCAGCAACACAAUGGACAUCGUACCAGAUGCCAACCCCCUCCAAUCACCCAAAAUGACAUACUUCCCCCCACCAACAAGAGCAGCAACAGCCCCAGAAGAUCUCAGCGCCUUCCACAACCCGGGGCAAACAGUCCAUCCAAACCAAGAAGUAACCGGCGGGGGCUGGAGCAACGGACUCUGCGAACUCUCGAACCUGGGUAUCUGUUGCCUAGGCCUCAUAUGUCCGUGCAUACUCUACGGACGAACACAACACCGCCUCUCACUGAAAUCUCGAAAAGAAGACCCCACAAACAUGCUCGGUUAUGAGACUUGCAACGGGUCCUGCACAGGGAUGGGUCUUCUAUGCGGGUGUCAAUGGCUCAUGGCAACGAUCCAACACACGCGAAUGAGAAAGGCAUACGGGAUUCAAGGCAGUGUUGCCUCUGAUUGUGUUCGUGCCACUUGCUGUACCUGCUGUACGUUGAUUCAGGAUGAGAAGGAGAUUCAAAAACGGGAGGAGCUGCGAGCUCGCGCAGCGAGAGAGCGAGGGGCAACUCUCCUUUCGCCCUAUACUACCCCUGGACCAAUGUCAUAUGGCCGAACAGAGUAA